AGACCGUAGUAUUGUUUUCACCGCAAAACAAGAAUGCGUCUUCUACGCGGAGUGCUUUAUAUCCUGUGCCUUCUGCUGGCCACUUGCCAUGUCCUUGGACAGCAAUGCAGUGACUCAACAAUUCACAAAUGCGUUCCGCGUCAUACGUGCCGGUAUCAACUGGGCUAUCGAGCGCUAGAGGCAGGGAACUUCGGAUGUCAUUCCACCGAAAUCUGCUGUAAAAAUGAUAAUUUGCGUACUGACAAACAACUCGUUGUCGUUGAUGAGCCGGUCAACCCCAACUGCGGAUGGGUCAACAGCAGAGGAGUGACCUUCGUCAUGUCCGAUCUAGAAGGCAUGGCCCAGGAAGCCGAGUUGCCUUGGAUGGUGGCUCUUCUGAACGUAAAUCGCGAGUACCUGGCUGGCGGUGUCCUGAUCUCGCCAGAUGUGGUUGUAACAGCCAGACAUGUGACCGACAACCUAAACGCAAACCAGCUUAUUGUGCGGGCUGGCGAGUGGGACUUUAAAACGGACACUGAACAACUGCCGCAUGUUGACGCUGGCGUCAGGUUGAUUAUUCGUCAUCCUGGCUUCAUCAAAAACACCGGGGCCAAUAAUGUGGCCCUUCUGUUCCUUCAGGCACCUUUGAAGCUUGCCAGUAAUAUCAACCCAAUCUGCCUGCCGAAGUCGGAUAGGAACUUCGACUACACCCGCUGCAUCUUCAGUGGCUGGGGUAAGCAGUCCUUCCAGGACUAUGCACACAUGAACAUCAUGAAGAAGGUGGAGUUACCAGUGGUCCCCAGCGAUAGGUGUCAAUACGCACUUCGUCGAUACUACGGAAACGAGUGGGAGCUCGACAACAGCCUGAUGUGUGCAGGCGGAGAGCCUGGCAAGGAUUCUUGCAAGGGCGACGGUGGUUCUCCGCUGGCCUGUCCCCUGCUAAGCGAUCCCCAGCGCUAUGAGCUGGCCGGCAUUGUCAACUUUGGCGUAGAUUGCGGAAUUCAGGGCGUUCCGGGCGUUUAUACCAACGUGGCCAAAUUUCGCAAUUGGAUUAUCCAGGAGACCAACCGAGUUUCGAACGUUGGCGAACAGGAGCCGGUUUUUUACCCACCUCCCCAGCCCGAACUUUCCAUUCCGAAUAACAAUAAUAUCCCAGCAAUAUGGGCCACAGGCCAACAAGAACCAAACUUUGACAGGAAUGAAGGAAACAACCAAGGUCAGAGAGGAAUGGGCAACAACCAAGGUGGCUCCAAUUAUAACGGACCUAGUAUUAACAAUGAUUUUUCAAAUGGAGGUCAACCGCCUAUGCAGAAUCCACCUCAACGCAACGAUCCAGGCUUAAUCUGGUUUGAAGGAAAUAACCAGGGUCAGAGGGUAAGGGGCAACAACCAAGAUGGCUCCAAUAAUUACGUUCCUAGUUUUGACAAUGGUUUUACAAACGGAGCUCAACCGAAUUUUCAGAAUACCCCAACACAAUGGGCCGCUGGCCAACAAGAAAGGAACAGGAAUGAUCGAAACAACAAUUACAAUCCUAACUUUGACAAUGGUCUUUCAAAUGGUGGCCAAGUGAAUGUUCCUCAAUUUGGCGUCAACGAAAUUGGUCCGCAAAAUGUAAAUCCUGUCUGGAAUGGAAAUGACAGCCCCAUCAAGGCAGUUGUUCGCCCGGCCAUAAUCGAACCUAUCCAAACCAACAAUGAAGACGAUGAAGGCGCUGCUGAGUUAUUUUCAACAACACCGGACUACGACUUUAAGUUAAUGUAAAUGAAAAAAGAAAAAAGAAAAACAAUAACAACCAGCUUGAAAAAUGUAAUGUUUUUUUUUUGCCAACAUUUAAAAUACGACUAUAUUAGAAUGUGUUCCAUUAGUCAUUUGUUUUCAAGUAUAUUAUACAAUGCAAAUCUGAUUGAACUUUGCAACCGUAGUUGUUGAUAUCUCUUAUCUGUUUCUUUAGAAAAACAUUGAUUUCAGGCCAGGCAUAGAAAUAAUAAAAUUUAAAUAAAUAAAUAUUUUUUCGCUCCAGAAGAAA